AUCAUCUUGCUGCCCGUUUCCCUGCAUGCCCAUCUCCCCCGCUGUCGUGCCAUCAUCGUCGAUCGACGGGAGUGCCUCGUCAUUAUUUCCCUGCCGUCGGUGUCGCCGAUCUCUUUGCGCCUCCCAAGCAGAACGGGACUGGAGCGCAGUAUCGGCCUAAUCUCGCAAUUCAUCUCGCAAACCGUCGGUCUUGUCUGGAUCAGCCUUUGUUAAUCGCCCACACCGCUCCCCAUCUGCGAAUCAGCCAUCCCAGCUUCAUUUCCGCCAGUCUGGGCCGCUGCUGGGCUCCAUCAAGCACGAAUUGCCCGUGUCGCUGCUGCCUUUUGGCUGGUCCAUCCCCCUUUCCCGCAGCUCCCGCUCUUGCGAUAUCUCUCGACACUUUCUGAGGCUUUGCCCGAUACUUGCGGGAACAACACAUUAACCAGAUCAGCCUUGCGUCUUUGUCUGCCCACGCAGCCUGCAAGGCGGCAACACAAAGGUCCAGGGACAUCUUGCCAACCACUCGGUUCAAAGACCCAACGAUUUCUCCAGGAACCAGCGAGCAUAUAUGGUUGUUGUUUGCCGCAUCCUGUUCCGACACGAUCAACUACAAGAACUUUGACGUAUUCGACAGGAGCACGACCCGGGCAUCCAAUUUCGUGGAGAAAUUCAUCGACAUGUCGGCCGCCGGCUUCACCAGCCCAUUUGGGACAAAUUCGAACCCGUUCGGAUCCUCGAGACCUGAUACAGGCGGUAUGCAAAGGGUAGCCGAGGAAGACGAGAACGACAACGUCACUUCGCCGACAACGCCAAACUUUGGCCAGUCGGCAGGCAACUCAUUCAGGGGACCGUUUGGGGGAGAUUCCACUUCUGAUUCCCAGCAAUCUAGCAUCAGAGGCCCGCCAAGUGCAGAGGGCUAUCCGGCUCAAUAUAACUUUGGCCGGCGUACGUCGGUGUCGGCAGAGUCUCUGAAACCGGUUGGCGAUAGCUACGACAACUGGUCGCCCCCUGUACAUGCCAAGACGCCGGAGCAAUUGGACCGUUUGAAGAAGGCCAUCAGCGGCAACUUCCUCUUCAGCCACCUCGAUGACGAGCAGAGUGCCCAGGUCCUUGGGGCCUUGGUAGAGAAGCCGAUUCCCACCAAAGGGAUCAAGGUUAUCACGCAAGGCGAUGCCGGGGACUUCUUCUACGUGGUUGAAAAGGGUAGCUUUGACGUCUAUGUCAACAACAGUGGCUCGUUGCAACCUGGCCCUGACGGUAUGGGGCAGAAGGUCGGCACGAUCGAGGCCGGGGGGUCGUUUGGCGAGCUCGCGCUGAUGUACAACGCACCCCGGGCCGCGACGGUCAUUUCGGCGGAACCGCAGUGCACGCUAUGGGCUCUGGACCGCGUGACCUUCCGCCGGAUUCUAAUGGAGUCGACCUUUGCACGCCGUCGUAUGUACGAGGGCUUUCUGGAAGAAGUGCCCUUGCUGUCGACUCUAACCCCGUACGAGCGGUCCAAGAUCGCCGAUGCUCUCGAGAGUCAAAAGUUCCCGGCCGGCCAUACCAUUAUCCAGGAGGGAGACCCAGGCCACUCGUUCUACCUGCUCGAGUCCGGCGAGGCCGUUGCGUAUAGGAGCGGCAACGAUACCCCGGUCAAGCACUACAAGAAGGGCGAUUUCUUUGGCGAGCUGGCACUACUUAACGACGCGCCGCGCGCGGCUAGUGUUGUGAGCCAAACCGAGGUCAAGGUCGCCCGGCUCGGCAAGUCGGCCUUCCAGCGGCUGCUGGGCCCGGUCGAGGGCAUCAUGAGACGGACCAAGUACGUGGGUGUCAAGACGGGACUGGACGAGGUAGAUUCGCUACAGGUUUCUUAGAAUGAGGGAAGGUAGCCGUCUGGACGUGGAUCGGGAGGGUGGUGGUGGUUAGCGGUGGGAAUAGUGCAUGUCGGAUGUUUCGGCGAAAGAAGAAAGGGAAGCAGAAGAAAAAAAGAAGGAGCAGAAGUGCAGGAUCGUAUCAGGACCAGGGAGGCGUUAAGGGAUUCCCAAGGCUCGUUCCACCAAAGACUUGACCCCAUUGCCACCAGAUGGCCAACCAGAAAUAUCACAAACAAGGUACAAUCUAGGUACCAUUAUCUUGUCAUAUCGAAACCAAUAGGUAUUUGCUUUGCACGCCCAUGAAAAUGCAAACCCUGUAUAUCCCCCUUGUUCCUGACCAUGACAUGACCGACCAAAACCCCCGUCCAACAAGAACGAAAAACAAUCCAGCACCUUUUGAGUUGCUCCUCCGUCAGGUUUCUCGAGUAGACUCCGGCAUCUCCGAAACUUGAUUUCCAUUCCGUGCAACCUAGGGCAGAGCCACACACAUUCUUUGUCCCCAGACAAAGGUCUCACCACGUCACGCACCCUCAGCCAACCGCCUCCUCAGGUCCAAAACCUCCCUCCUGACCCUCUCGACGGCAGCCUCCGUCUCCAGCACCCUGCCGAUGCCGGUCCUCCAGGCGGCCUCGAGCGAGGCCAUCUCGGCGCCGACGGCGUCCUGCGCCUCCUUGCGGCGCAGGGUGACCAGGUCGACCUCGCGGCGGGCCUCGGCCAGCUCCCUCUCGAGCGCGCGGAGCUCGCCCUCGAGCUGGUAGUUUCCCAUCAGCCAGGCGUUCUUGCCGUAGCUGUCGAGCAGCGCGAGGUGGGCACGGCGGGCGGCGACGUGCGCGUGCGACGUGUAGGCGCGCGCGAGGGCCGCGCGCAGGACGGCCGAAGCGCCGCCGGACCCGGGCUCGGCCAGCUCCUCCUCCGAGGGCGGCUCCGGCGCCUCGUACCGGCUCAGGUCGAGCGCCGCCAGCUUGGCCUUGGCCGGGUCCGGCGCGGAGGCGAGCCGCUCGAGCUCGCCGGCCAGGAGCGGGGUGAGGAAGGUGGUCGGCUGCGGGGGCGGCGGGAGGAGGGCGUGGUGCGGGUCGUCGGGGACCAGGGAACGCUCCUGGGCGAUGAGGGCUUCGGCAGCGGCGCGUUCGGCGGGUGUUGGGUCUGGAUCAAUGUAUGGGAGCGACUCGUGGACGAUGGUAAUGGGCAUGGUGCAAUUGAAGGUGUUGAUUCGUCCGGAUGUCGCUUAUAUUUUGAAAAUUCGAUGGCUUCUGGGUCCAAAUCGUUCCGUUUGGAAUUUCAGCGACCCCGGGGGAGGUUAAACGUGGGUGAAAGCAAUUGUCUGUUGUCAAUGGCUUGAUUGCAGAUGCAUGUGUUCAGGUACUAUCAUGGCCCCGUCGCAACCCACAGCGAUACACUUAUCCGUAUCACUUUUUGUUAGUUAC